GAAAUGCUCGCGCUCCAUAAGAGAAAACAACUUCCGUCCGCGAGUUUUUCUUUCCUUCAAAUGUUUUUUUUAGCUACACAUUCGUGAAUGUCACAGCUUUAAAUCGGGUCAUUUUCAUUAUUUGAUUUGAAUUCGAGGCAUAUCUUAUUCUGCUYUAAAACAUAUAAUGUCAACAGAUGAAGAUGAAACUCAACAGAGGUUAAAGGCAGCGGUUCAUUACACAGUGAGUCGUCUGUGUCAGAAUAUCGGAGAGGAASAACGGAGGAAGUUCAGCAGACWGGUUGUAGCAGCUAUAGCCGAGACAGCAUUCAGACAAUGUGAAAUAUUUGCUAAGGACCUGGAGGCGUUUGCGAGGCAUGCUAAAAGAAGCACAGUGUCUACAGAGGAUGUAAAGCUUGUMGCCCGUCGCAGCACUGCACUGGUGAGUUGGUCAAAUUUCCACUAAAAUGCUCAAUAUUGCUCAAUACCACAGAAAAGUAACAUGUAGAUACGAUCAGUCAUUGCAUUUUUCAGUUUACAGAAGACRACAAAUUUAAUGYUGAAUUUGCUUUUAUUUCAGSCCAUCUACAUACAAAGUAAAAGUGAAGARCUGGCUCGUGAACAGGAGCUAAAAAAGAAAAGUACGGGGAAGAGGAGAGCAGAGACUGAGGACAUGUAACAGGAAGUCUGCAGUGUCUCACUGUGUCCAACAUUGUAAAUAAACAUGAAGCCUGACCAGUACACAA